CGAUGGUCGCACCGACCCUUGGCACCCCCAUCGCCACUUCCGGCGGCGCGGGCGGCUGGGAGGAGGUGGCGGGGUUGGCGGAGCAGGGCGCUUAGCCCUUGCCGCCGUGCCCCUCCUUCCCCGUCAAACAGGUACGAAGGCGGGCAUGCUCCUCCCCCCAGCACCGGGGCUUUCAGACAGAGGAGAGCAGAAGCAAGACAACAAGAGCACCGAAUGCAGCCAACUAGGAAUCAUGGAUCUGAAAUUCACUUCAUCAAGAAAAUACAUUUCCAUCAGUGUACCUUCCAAGUCUCAAACGAUGUCUCCCCAUAUCAAAUCAGUAGAUGAUGUUGUAGUUCUUGGCAUGAAUCUCAGCAAGUUUAACAAACCUACUCAGUUUUUCAUCUGCGUUUCUGGAGUUUUUAUGUUUUAUCUAAUCUAUGGAUAUUUGCAGGAAUUGAUAUUUUCAGUGGAAGGUUUUAAACCUUUUGGCUGGUACCUCACUUUAGUGCAAUUUGGAUUUUAUUCCAUUUUUGGACUAAUAGAGCUGCAGUUAAUUCAGGACAAAAGAAGAAGAAUUCCUGGCAAAACCUACAUGAUAAUAGCGUUUUUAACAGUGGGAACUAUGGGUUUGUCAAAUACCUCCUUAGGAUAUCUGAAUUACCCCACUCAAGUCAUCUUCAAGUGCUGUAAGCUGAUCCCAGUUAUGAUAGGCGGGGUUUUUAUACAAGGAAAACGUUACAACAUUGCAGAUGUGUCUGCUGCCCUCUGCAUGAGUCUGGGAUUAAUAUGGUUUACUUUAGCUGACAGCACAGUUGCACCAAACUUCAACUUGACAGGUGUGGUCCUAAUAUCCCUUGCCCUCUGCGCGGAUGCAGUGAUAGGAAACGUGCAGGAGAAGGCUAUGAAGCUGCACAAUGGCUCUAAUUCAGAAAUGGUUUUGUAUUCCUAUUCAAUAGGGUUUGUGUAUAUUUUGUUUGGAUUAACGUGCACUAGUGGAUUGAGCCCUGCAGUCACAUUUUGCUCCAAGCAUCCAGUUCAGACUUACGGUUAUGCAUUCCUCUUCUCCCUGACUGGGUAUUUUGGCAUAUCCUUUGUCCUAGCUUUGAUCAAAAUAUUUGGUGCCCUUCUUGCUGUAACAGUUACCACAGGAAGAAAAGCAAUGACCAUUGUGCUUUCUUUCUUGUUCUUUGCAAAGCCCUUCACGUUACAGUACGUGUGGUCAGGCUUGCUGGUAGUCCUUGGUAUAUUUCUUAAUGUUUACAGUAAGAACAUGGAUAAAAUCAAACUGCCUUCACUGCAAGGGUUUUGGAAAAAAAGGGUUGAAGAGCGAAAAACAAGGACGUUGUCACAAACUGUGUAGAGAGCAGUUUAUGCCUUGUCUGGACUAUGACUUAGAAUUUUAUUGGAACAGCCUUCAACUGAUUCACAUUUUCCAAAGGGAACAUUAUCAAAACCAAAGGAGCUGAAGACAUAUUGUCUGCUUGCAGAUUGCUACAAGUGCACAUUUUUGUGAGCCCUUUCUUCAGAGCACUUGAAUUCAUCGUUAAAGGUGGUAUAGGCCAUUGUCAGAUGGCUUUAUGAAGGACUGCGGCUCCUGGCUAGCUGCUGAGAAGCUGCACAAGUGGGACACUGUAGAAGACUAAUUUGGGCAUUUUGGUAAUAUUGGCCACGUGGCUAAUCUGAGGUUAGUGGUUCUUUGUUAAUUGUCUAGGAGGGGUAAUUUCAAUGUGAUACUAUAUCAGCAUUUAACGGGACCUAAUCGACAACUGGUUGAUUGACCAAACUGCAAUUUUAAAGGUGGAAGGUUUGCAAUGUGGUGUGUUGUCACUCUUUUUAAUUUUAAAUAAAAAUGUUGUUUUGUUA